AUUGGGAAGGAAAAAUAGAAAGAAAACACAGGGAAAGAAAUGUCAACCUACGCUUGCUUCUUCUAAGUACAAUUUUCAGGAGACGCUGAUUCACUCCCACUGCUGCCUCUCUGACUCGCGUUCCUCCUUCUCCUUGUGGUGGGAGACACGGCGUAGGGAAUGCGCUCCUGUCACUGGCUACUGUUGUAAGAGGCAGCUUAUUCUUUCUCAAAAGCUGAUAAUAUUUUGUGCUCUUUUGCCUGUCGACAUAGCAUCUGUGCUUUACAAAGGUGGCAUUCCUUUACUGAGCCACGUGGACCUUCAUGAGGAUCAGUGAGUGAAGGAUGUGAGCUCGCUUACACUCGAACACUCGUCGUAUUGAUUAUGUAAUAAAUCCAAGUGCCUUGAUGUCUGUUUUUUUCUGCACAGCACAUUGGAAAAUCCAAUUGUUGAAUGACAGAUUCCGUUCAUUAAGUUCAAUUCUUGAUUGUUGGAGUACGAUUUCCUAGUCAAGCGUAGUAAGAUGUUAUGUUUUCUACAAGAAUGACCUGGACAUUAUCGUGAGUGUGAUGAGAAAUAUAAAACUGAGACUCAACCAGAAGAAUUGUCAAAGAAAGACCCAUGGCGGCCAUGAAGAAAACCAGGACAAAGAAAUGCCUCCAGGGAACUGGACUCUCAUAGCCGCCAUUUGGAUCAUCCUCUCAUGACUCCGAGACCACGGAAGACGAAGGUGGAGACCACAUUGAGACCAAAGAAGGAAGCAGAGGUAUUCAGAACCAGGCUAUGCAUGCAGGGGACAGAAUGAUGGACAGCUGGGGCAAAGGACUUCAAGACAUCUCCAAGCCCUCCAGGAGCCAAUCUGAAAAUGUUUUGAGGGAAUCCUCCCCACAAGUCCUCCCACCCCUCUCCCCCAGAAUUAUUAAAUGCCCCUCCACUUCUCCAAUGCCAAGCUGCUCUGGAUCAGCCCCUCACACACCCCUCACACCCCGCAAGACACAUUUUGUACCAACCGACUACCAAGACACAAUCCCUGCUGAAUUUGAGGAAAUGUUAAGACAUCCAAAAUUAUCAGCCAUGUCUCAAAGCAGCACCCAGAAUUCCCUUACUCAGACACCUGUCAGUGUCAACGAGUGCUCCCACAAGGAGUACCAGCCUAGGCAGUCCCCAAAACUGACCAGAGCAAGCUCCAAGAUCUUUGAGAAGAUGCGCGGUUUUGAAGAGCGAAGGCGAAGUUAUGACCAUGAAGAUUCCAUCUCGGGAUGGUCCUGGGCCGGGUUCAACUACGCUGAGUCUGUCGACUCAGACGAUGGAGGGAACCGGUUGGGCAUCUCCAGAGGGAGUUCGAGGGAAGACCUACGAGAGGCUCUGAAGGAUGACGCUGCCGAACGGAGGUCCAAUUUCAGACAGAAGGCUGCGUCCUUAGAGGACUGCAGGCCCCGUACCACCCAGAAGGUCGAGGAAUUUGAGAACAAGUUCACUGAAGAGCCUCAACGAAUCAAGAAGCUUCUGGGUAAACCUCACAUGAAGUCCUUCUCCAUCGAGCAGCUUUCGCUCAGGGCAAGAGGCAGGCAGCCUUUGAGGAAGAUUGAGCCCCUCCCACCGCAAAUUCUCCAGAAGCUCCAGGAAAGGGAGCGAGCCCAUCAGGAGGAGCAGAAAGAGACAGAACAGCCUAAAAAGGUGGUGCCAUCAAAAUCACCACGACUGCACAUACAAGCACGGCAGGACCAGCCUUCGCCCCAAACCCACGAAAUUGAGGGCCCCUCCAUGAGUAACAUAACAGUCAGUAGAUUGGGAGAAGUAGCAUUCGCUCCAGAAUCUAUGCAACUGGCUGACUUAUCGAGACAGAGGCCAACAAGACAGGUAAAUCGAGUCAGUCCAAUCAAGGGGAUCCCGCAGAGGUCUCCAUCACCAGUUGUUCAGAGGGUAUGUCAUAUGCAGGAGUCUCAGGACAUCCAAGAAUCUCCUGCCCAAAAGUCCCCAAAGGAAGAAUCGUCAGGAAGAAAAACACCUGUAGAGGUAGCCUUAAGAAAAGUAGAGUAUAAACCAGAAAGUCCAUUGGUACAGAAAAAGCCUACCGUUGUACAAGAGCAUCCAAUACAACCUCCGCAAAAACCUCCAUGGCUGGUUAUCUCUUCAACAAAUAUUCCAGUCUCCCCAUCUGAGGAAAAAAUGGAAGUGGAAUUAACCAAGCCAGCCCCCAAGGUAAUCAUACCUACCAUCAUUGUCAAAGAAGAGCCCAUGGAAGAGGAAGCUCCUCCAGAGACUGCCAAGUCUAAAGAGGUGACCAAUGUGAAAGAAGGCCAAACACAGAAGACCUGGGGGAAGGGUCGCUGCGCUAGGCCCAUGUCUCCAGAGUUAGAUUCUUCAGACGACUCUUACAUGUCUGCUGAAGAGAACCCCUUGGAGGCCCCUAUGUUUGAGUUUCCUCUUAAGGACACUGUGGCAACUGCUGGUACUGAGGUCCUGCUGAGAGUCAUCAUUGCUGGCACUCCUCUCCCAGAAGCUUAUAUUUGUGUCCUGAUCUGUGUCCUUAUCUAG